AUGAGAAAAAAAUCAAUCUUAAAGAAAGCAAGAUAUUUAUCACAAGCAGAAGAAACUUCCUGUAUAUUAGAUAAAUACAGUGAAACAAAAAAAAAUGAAGAUAACUCCUCUAGUGAAACAAGUAAACUCGAUACAGAAAUUAAAACAUUUGUGGAAGAUACUAAUAAUGAACUUAAUUUUUAUCUCAAUGACCGCAAAAUUAAUAAUGCUACAGAAAAAUGUCAAAAGUCAUCCUCGUAUGUAAAUUGGAGAGGAAUGGACUUUGUUAAUUUAGUAUUAAAUGAAGAAACAGAUCAAAAUAUCCCAAGUCUUGUUAAUUGUUGGAAUAAAAAACAAAAUUCUUUAGAGACACAAAUACGUGAGAAAACAAGUUCAACAUGUAAUUUGAAAAAUUUUGAUUAUUGUGCUGUUCUGAAUAAAAACGAUAAUUGCACCAGUCCUUAUAAAGAUAGUGAUAUACCAGGGUUAAUAUCAUUAACGUAUAAUCAACUCAGUGAGAGUGAAUAUAUUCAAAAUAAAACUCAAAUUAUUUAUGAUAGAGCUUCUCAGUUUGAUACUAUUACUAAAGAUAUAUCUAAUUACUAUUAUAAAAUAUAUGAAGCUAAUUCAAAUCAACUUAAUUGUGGAAAGUGGAGUAUGUAUAUAUUUAAGAGAGGAAGACAAUUUGUUAAUAUGAUGAAUUAUGAACUUUAUUCCGAGGAAAAUUAUAGAAGUGAAUUUGUUGAUAAUUGGAAUACUUUUAGUAAUAAUUUGCAACAAAGUAUAUUAAAGGACACAGGUAAUCAAUGUAAUAUGACAAAAUUAAUUUAUCAAAUUAAAGAACGAAAAAAUACAACUGAUCCAUAUAAUUUAGAUUGGCUUCCUUCAAAUAGCACUCAAAAUAAUUCUAAUGAAUCUAUAUAUAAUACAACUGUAUUACCAGAUGCCUUACAACCUACAACUGUAAUUCCUAAUGGAUUACAUAAUGAUACUGCUACAGAUUCCUUGGGUAGCAACACAACUAGUGUUAAUAACGUAAAUGGUGUGAAUCCCUCUGAAAAUACAUUAACAGGCCAUAUCUCAGUACCACCACCUACUGCAGAUCAAAUUGAUCCAAAAAUUUCAACCACAAUUUCUCCAAUAGACACAACACAAUCGAAUUUUUUAACUCCAAAUGAUACAAUACAUCUUAAUACUAAUAAUAUAUCUAACACAACCUCAUCAUCACAUUCCCCCGAGGUUGUAACAUCUCCUACAACUGAAACAUUACCUUCAAAUUCUACUACAAGUAGUGGAACACCUUCAGUUACACCUUUACCUGAAGAAAUAUCUGCUACAACGGCCAAUGAUUAUUCUAAUACUACUAUGAAGUCAUUUACAAAUAAUACUGCAACUUCUACUACUAUCACUCCACCUCUUACAACUGCAUCUUUAUCUUCCCCUGAGGAUAUGUCUCCUACAAAUAGAGCUAUACCUUCUAAUAAUAACACUGCAUCUCUAACAAGUAGUAGUGCACCUACAGUUACAUAUUUACCUGUUAACGAGUCUCCUCCAAAUAUAACUGCUUCUUCUACAAAUAUAACUGCAUCUUCUACUACUACGGUUGAGUCAUUGGAAAAUAAUAUUACACUUUAUACAACACCAACUAAAUCCCCUGAAACUUCUUUAUCUUCUGAAAGUGCAACUUCUGUAAAUAAAAUUAUACCUACAAAUAGUACUGAAUCUCCUACAAUUGAUUCUUCUUCUCCUGAGGUUGAACCUUCUCUUACAACAAUAACUAGAACUCCUACAUAUAGCUCUACACCUCCACUACUUUCACCUACUCCUACGAUCACCACUUUGCCAUCUACAAAUAAUUCUACAUCACCUACAAAUGAUAUGCCUAUUCAUCCUACUAAUGAUUUUUAUUAUUUUAAAGAAUUGACUUGA